CCCCACUUCCCUCCGCAGGUGGCUGAGAUGCGGGGGGGCAUGUCAGUGCUCUCAGACGCCACCACAGGCGCCACUGUUCUGGUGGCACUGCCCAUGGGGGGGGGGGGUGGCUACGGGGCACAUGUGCUGCUGCUAUGCUCAGGGGAGGAUGCUCUACACGCUCUCUCCACUCCCUCUCCCUCCUCGCCUACCCACCUGCUGCUCCUCGACCUCCACAUGCCGCCCGGCAUCGACGGAGCACAGCAGGUGCCAGAGGCAAACAUGGCAGCCAGUAGCGCAACAGACGGGGCAGGGGAAGCAUGUGCGAUCGAUGAAACGGUGGAAACAGGUCCAUUGAAUCAGCGCCUUUGCAUCAUAGCCCUCACUGCUGACUUGGAUGCAGGUGUGAAGAGAGCAUGCAUGGAGGCAGGGAUGGAUGGAGCUGUGAGGAAGCCAAUAGUGGCACAUGAGCUGCUUUCAGCCCUUUCUUCUACAGGGUUCGGAGAAUCCCCUAAAUCGAUCUGGUGGGAGAUGCCAUGAUUCACGAAUACUUUGACAACCCUCUUGUUGCUGCAUUCAGCCCUCUGCUAGC